CAACAAUCUACGUGCCGUACAAAGUUCUUCUCUCCAUUACGAUUUUCCAUGCGGCUUUUCGGGUUCUCUUUUACUGGGGCACUGUGGGAGAAAGACACCGAAGUAUUUUCGAACUUGGAGAAGAAUCACACGGAUCUGCGCUCACCUUUCUUGGAGCCUAAACUUCGAAUAGCAUGGACACGCGAACAUCUCUGGAUGUACAAUGCUGUUUUAUGCCUGUUUCUCUUUGUCAUAUGGCUUCUGCGGACUGUGAGGGUAUUGAGAAGACGACGAAAAUGUUACAAGAGUGCUAAUACUAGGGACACCUCGUUCGACGGUACAUCAUCUGAUUCUAGUAGCACGCUUACCGGCACUGCAACACCACCAGAAGUUUUGAAGAGCGAACAUGACGACGACGAGCACAAACCGCUUCUUCAAAGAACCCAAAAUGGACGUUAUAGAGCGUGGGGACAUAUCCUUCGUCGCAGACUUCGAGGGUUCCUCAUGUAUCAGCCUCAGCCGUUGCCCUACAUCGGCAAGGUCCUGCCUGACAACGGAACCACACUAUUCGUACUUGGCUUCGUUUUUUUCAACUUCAUACUCGCAAGCGUUCACAUACCUUUUGAAUCCAGAAUGUGGCUUGUAUUCAGCGAUCGCUGUGCAAGCCUCUUUGCUGCAAAUCUUCCACUUCUUUAUCUGCUAGCGGCGAAAAACCAGCCUUUGAAACGCAUUACAGGGUACUCGUAUGAGGCCCUGAACAUUUUCCACCGCCGCCUGGGUGAAAUGAUGUGUCUAUUUGCUUUCCUUCACAUGGCGUCGUCCUUCUAUAUUUAUUUCAGUAUGGUCAAACCAAUCCUACGGAUUUGUUUCUGGCGAUUUGUCAAUAACAGGCUCAUACUUUGCGGAAUCUGUGCUCUCAUUUGCUAUGAAGCACUAUAUCUCACGUCACUCAGCAGCUUUCGAAAGCGCAGGUAUGAGUUGUUUUUGGUAUUGCAUGUUAUGUUGCAAGUUGGAGGCCUGGGCUUUCUCUGGUUCCACUACUUCAGCAGCAGAGUCUACGUCCUAACCUCGGUUGUAUUAUUUGUAGUCGACCGAUUGGUGUAUCGUCUCAUCCUGAAGAGUACAUCCGUAGAAGCUGGACUGGAGGUGCUUGAAGAUGGAGAAACAGUCAUGCUUUCCGCGCACUGGGCGAUCACAAACACAAGACCACUUGUCUUGGGUCGCCACUGUGUCAGAAAUGGCUGGCGACCUGCUGAACACGUCUUCAUCACCAUUCCAGCUCUGUCAAGUUCAGCAAUCCUGCAAGCGCAUCCGUUCACUGUCGCCUCGGCGGCGCCUGAUAUGACGGCCUCGAUGCCUCAUGCGUGGUUCUCGAUCCUGAUCAGGUCGCACGGCGGAUUCUCCAGAGACCUGCUAAACUAUGCCCGCCAACACAGGAAGGUCAACGUACGCAUUGAUGGGCCAUAUGGCACUCCAGAGCCCCUACACAUGCUGGAGGACUCUGAUCACGCAAUUGUCGUCGCCGGAGGAAGCGGGAUCGCUGUUGUGUUUCCCCUUGCUUGGUCUCUCUUGCAGCCACUAGCUUCCGAUUUCUCUUCAGAUGGUCCAAGACCUGGACCUCGUCGAAAAGGAAAGCAGAGAAAAGUGUCGCUGAUAUGGAUCAUCCAUUCAGCUUCUCACUUAUCUUGGAUACCGCGAGACUAUCUGGACGAAUUGACUGACCUGGGCCUGCAUGUUAGAAUUCCGCCACCAACGGCUACAUACGGUCGGCCUAACGUUGGUUUGAUUGUGGAAGACAUGGUGCAUGACGACUGGAAGGGAGGUCGGGCUGGAGUUGUAGUCAGUGGGCCUGACGCACUUAACAGAGAUGUGCGAAAUGCGUGUUCGCGACUGGUUGACGAGGGGUUUAACGUGGAAUUGACUGUAGAGAAGUUCGGCUGGUAGCCAUGUUAGUGAAAGAGACUGAGCAGAGUUGUACAUAUUCGAGGCAUCUUGACUCCAUAGAGUGCAAGAGGGAUAGCGGCUCACCUGAUUCUGCGAACUGGCCAAACUGAGAGGCGAAGUGAAGAAGGGAAAGAACAUAUUCGGUGACGCAAAGUAUAGCCAAGACAUAGUCAUUCCAAUGCCCAAGUCAGGUUUGUAAAUGCUGCCACACUUAGACUAAGGAUGAUUGGAC